AUGCAAAGGGGAGCAUCAGGCCUAUUCAAGGCCGCUAAUAAAGAUACUAUAAAGAUACAGUAUCAGAUAAAGAUUGGUAAACUUGAAGGUUUGCCAAAGACAACAACAGGAAGUGUAUUUGUAUCAUGGAAGAGAGGCAAGAAGAGUGAGAACCAUGGCGAUUCAAACAAGAUCCCAGUGAGCAACGGUUCGGCAGUCUUUGAUCAAAGCUUCACAUUGGAUGCCUCGCUAGUCAAAGACAAGAAGGGAGUCUAUCAAUCAAAGAAGAUCAAGUUCACUGUGUCUGAGGAGAAGGAAGAGAAGAAGGGAAAGAAGCAUGUGUCUAGCAUAAGCUCAUUCGAGGUGGACUUGGCUCAUUAUGCUGAAGCCAAGACUGAGCGAUCAAAGCCUUUCCCCAUCAAUGAGAAGUCAAAGUCAUCACCAAUGUUGACUAUAUCAUUCCAAGCUACAUUACUUAAGAUGAAUGGCAAGACUGUUGUCAAGGCCAACGAUCCAAACCAUAAGGAGAUCCUUGAACAACUUGGCAAGAAGGCUGUACAAUUGGAUGGACAGGAGUACUUCCUCCAAACAGAGACUGAUCACAGUGAUCCCGAUGAGACCGACCUCAAUCCAACAAGUGAACAUGACUCUGAUGGAGAGGAGGAGGUCAGCUUUGAAGAGGACACUGUUACAUCCACAUCAGGAGUAUCGACGCUUAAGCCAUCAGAUGCUGCUACUCUGAGCAGGAGGGAGAGCAAUCUGUCUUCGUCGGAUAGUGCUGGUUCAUUGACGCCCAGACAAUCCAUUCCAGCAACUCCAGCCACCAGCACAACCACCACGACCACAGCUGCGACCGCACCAUCACCAUCACCAAUACCAAUAAUCACAACAACAACAAUAACACCAAUUGCCACACCAACCAAGGAGUCAAAGGGCGACGUCUCUGCUGACGCCAAACUCAAGAAGUACAAGAAGAAGGUCAAGUCACUAAAGGGUGACCUCGCAAAGGUGACCAAGGAACGCGAUGACAAGGUGGAGGAGCUCAAGAAGGCCGCUGCAGUCAAACCUCAGCCACAACAGCAGCAACCAGACAACAGCAAGGAGAUAGAGCAGCUCCACAUGCAGAUCGACAGGCUCGAGAAGGACAAGAAGGCCGUCGAAGAUAACUUGGAGAUGGAGAAGAAUCAGAAUGCCAAGGGCAUGAACGAUCUGACCAUGCUGCAGGAACAGAUUCUCACCCUCAAGUCUAAUGUUGAACGCGAGCAGGGCGAGAAGAAGACACUCGAGUCACGUGUACAUGAGCUGGAGACUGCCGCGGAGCAAGCCACAGCACAACACGAUGCGGCCAAGCAACAGCAUGAUGACGAGGCCAAGGCUGCCAUUUCAAAACUCGAGGAGGAACUCACCGCCGCCAAACAGAGCGCCGAUCGUCUGCAAGAUGAGGGCAGGAGCACUUUCUUGCUACUGGAAGAGGAGAGACUCAAGUCCAACGCGCUCUCUGGCGAGGUCACCCGUCAGAACCAGGACAUCAGCAACUUUGAGGAGCAGAUCAAGCAUCUGGAGAAACAGCUUCUCGUCAAUGCUGAGGAGGUCGGCAAGUUCAACUCGCAGGAGGCUGACUACCUGGCAUUGCGCGACAAGGUCAAGGACAUUGAGGUCGAGCGCCAGCAGUCAGUGGACCAAUGCGAGUCGCUCAAGAAGGAGGUGAACGACCUCACCGAGAAGCUCAGCGAGCUCAACGAUACACAGGCCCGACGACAAACAGAGACCAACGCCGCUGAGGAUGAGGUCGAGUUGCUCAAUCAAAGGCUGGAGGUGCAGAAGGAUGAGAUCGCCAAGUUGGCCACCGAACAUGCCAACCGCGAGAAGGAGCUGCAGAGCCAGAUCGACGAGCUCAGCACCAAGUCGGCUAACGAACAAAGCGAGGCAGAGAGCAGGCACAAGGAGGAGCUUACUGAGAUGAGCGAACAGAACAGGAAGCUAAAGAAUGAGAAUGAGGAGAUGGAGAAGUCAAUCGAGACCCUCAACAUGAAGCUGAACAAUGCGUCAAGCGAGCAGACUGGCGAGUUGAGUGAGCUCAACGAGAGGAUUGAGGUCCUGACCGAGGAGCUCGAGACCUCCAAGCGACAAAAGGACAAGUACUUUGAGGAGCUCAACACCAUCAAGGACAAGAACGACGAGCUCGAGGUCGACUAUGCCACGCUCAAGGAGGACCUGGAGCGCAGGAAGCAGCAGGAUCUCCAGAGUGACAAGGACCAGACCAUCGAGGACCAGGCAGCCAGGAUCCAGGAGCUCAAGAAGAAGGUGGAGCUGCUGCAGCAAGAGACCGUCAUCUACAAGGAGGAGAUUGAUGGAUUCAAGGAGCAGAUCGAGGACUACAAGAAGGACACGUCAAAGAAGGAGGAGGUCGUGCAUGACUAUCAAUCAUUGAUGGAGCAACUGCAAAAGAAUGUGGAUGCACUCACCAUCGAGAGGGAUGCCACCGAGGAGAAGUUAAGCCAAGCCACCGACACCAUCGCCAGUCUGGAGGAGCAGUUGGAGGCCGCCAACGACAAGAGCGAGAAGCAUCACGACAGCGACAGCGAUGAGGAGGACGUCGAGGAGCUCAAGGCCAAGAUCGACAAGUACAAGGAGAAGAUCAGAGAUCUGAAGGAGGAGCUCGAGUCCAAGGAUGACGAGCAUAUCGAGGAAAAGGUCAAACUGGAGGAGUCUGUUCAAUCACUUGAGCAAGAAAACAAGGAUCUCAGUGAGAAGCUACAAGCUGCAACUGCCGCUGCUGCAACGGCCACGGCUGCUGCUGCUGCUGCUGCCGCUGUAGUCGCGCCAACAUCACCAGUGAUCAACACGGGCGAGUUGGACAACCUUAAGGAGCAAGUCAAGAUACUAAAGAAUGAGAGAGACAGCGAGCGCAAGAGCAACAUCGAUUUGAAGGAGCAGAUCGACACUGUUGGCCAUAAGUACAGCGAGUUGAUCAAGGACUCUGACCAGUUGAAGCAGCAACUGCAGCAGGCCAAGGCAGAGGCCGCAGAGGCUGUGGCAGCAGCGUCUUCGGUUGCUGUGGCCGCCACAGUGACACCAUCAUCACCCAAGCUCAAUGGCGUCGACGACAGCACUCGCAAGGAUUUGGAGGAUUUGAGGAACAUUGAGAGUUGCAUCUACUGGCCCGAGCUGGACUUUGAUCGCAACAAUGUACCAUACUGUGGUGCCAGUGUCUGGCAAAUGAUCGACUCGAUCGGUGGCGUGUCCAACGUUGACAAUCAUAAGAUGCUCUCUAAGAUUGUCCAUGCACUGGAGAAGUCAUUCCUGAGGUCAGGCAGCGAUUGCAAGGUCAUCUGUUAUUGGUUCUCAACAGUAGUGCACAUACUUCAAAAGCUACACCAGAAUGCGUUGUGUCCACAAUCAGCCGAUCCAACCAUCUCUGGCAUUGAGAUCUAUGUAUCAUCAUUCGCAGCUCCCUCCACAGAGUCAGGAGGCUCAUUCGUCAGGGAUCUUCAAUCGCUUGUACUCAACAUCUAUGGCAAGCUGAUAUCAAUUAUCGAGUCUAAAAUCGAGAAGAUAUUGAUACCAUCGAUCUUUAGUCCAGACAGCAUCAUCUUGGAUCAGAAGUCAUUGCACAAGACAACAAUGGGAACAACCAAAUCCAACGCCAUCACCAUCAACAACCUGUUUAUGAUCCUGGAUUCAAUUCUCUUCUUCUUGGAUGAGGGCAAGGUAUGCCAGAAGCUCUCCAACCAACUCCUAAACCAAACAUUCUACUUUAUCAACGCACAGAUCACCAAUCACUUCUUGCAGACACAAAGUGUUUGUAGAGCGACGAUGGGAUUCAAGGUUAAGAUGGGCGUGUCACGUCUAAAGGAGUGGUGCUCGCAGACCAGCUUCAAGACUGUCAGUGAACAGCUAGACUCUUCAUUGGAGGUGUCCAACCUGUUUGUCAUUGACAAGGCCGUGUUUGUGGACAUUGAGGCCAUCAAGCCUAUCUUCCAACGCCUCAACCUGGCACAGAUCAAGAAGUUGCUCGAGUCGUUCGAGCCAGACGACUUGUCUCCCGACCCCCUGCCUUCGCAGCUGCAGAAAGCAAUGAACGGCUACGUAUGGAAACAACAAGCCGAGUCCAGCAACCUUCCGCUUCUCAUCGACCCAUCGAAGAAACUAAAGGCGUAA